AUGGGCGCAGGCUGGCACAGAAAGACCGCAAACGGGCCGGCCAAACCAGGACCUGGUCUGGUCUAUGGGACUAUUCGGAUAUGUGUCGCUGGUUGCGAGAAGUUACGAGACACGAAGCGAGUAAGGAGCGAGAAUACCUCGUGUCCAAGACAGGGAAGCCGCAAAGGAGCAAAGGGGAAGGAGCACGAAACAAACGAGGAAGCAGUGAAGGAAGCAACAAACGACUAA